UCAAAUGUUACAAACACUUCAAACUGAAUUAAAUAAUAUGCAGACCAAAAGUAAAUAAUAAGAUCAGAGAGUAGAGAAUUUGUAUAUUAGUUUUUAAGAAAUCUAUUAAAUCAAAAAUAAUUUAAAUAACCCAUGUUCAACGAAGCAUAAUAUGCUAUAUUAGGUAAGACCAGAAAUAUUAAACAAAUUUUACAAUUUAGAUUGGUAAGCAGAAGAGCCAAAGAAACUGUAAAAUUACUGCUUCCGAAAUAAAUAAAUAAUUUAUAGUAAUUAAUAGAUGAAUAAUAAAAUGACAUACAAAUUAAGAUAUAAAGUGCAUAGCAGGCAGGCAACGAUCAAGAUUAGCGAUAAGGUUUGCAAGCAGCUUUGGAUGGGAUAUCCUUACUUUCUAGAGCACAUUUUGUUGAGUUAAGAUGCUAAGCUAAACCUCAUGAAUUAAUUGAGAAGAUCAUAAAUCUAGUUUGCUUGGCUUUAGAUCCAGCAUUCAAAGUAGCAAAAGAUAAUUGGAAGGAAUGCAUAAAAUAUUUAGGUCAAUAAAGUUUUAUAGAACUAAUUUUAAAUUUCAAUAUUAGUAGCUUAAAUAAUAAACAGUUAUAACAACUAGAAUAGGUUAAUAAUAUUACAGAACAAUAAGUAGCUUCAAAGUCAUUAGUUGCUAGUUCUUUACUAAUUUUUUUGAAAGCUGUUGUUGAAUUAAGGUAAUCUAAGCUUUACAUGACAUAAAAUGAGAUAAAAGAAUUAGAGAGCAAAAUAAAAAAAGAGCAAAAAUUAAUUGACAAGAUAGAAAAGAUACAUAAUUAAUGAGAAUUAGUUGAUUAAAAAUAUGACAAAAUUAUUUUACUUGGCAUUCUUAUUUUUGUUAUAAAAAAAUUA